AUGAAGGUGUCGCUCACCCUCUAUGCGGCUGCGCUGCAGCUGGCAGAUGCCGCUGUAGUCCAGAAGCGAACAGUCGACGUUGCUGAGCUAGAGCACUACUGGUCCUAUGGACGCUCAGAACCUGUCUAUCCCACCCCCGAAACCAGUGGAUCGGGUGAUUGGGAAGAGGCGUUCACUAAAGCCAAGUCUCUCGUGGCACAGAUGACCGACGAUGAGAAGAAUAACAUCACCUAUGGCUAUACGUCCACGACAAACGGUUGCUCUGGAAUGUCUGGUGGUGUCCCCCGACUGGGGUACCCAGGGAUGUGUCUUCAAGAUGCAGCGAGCGGUGUGCGGGGAACUGACAUGGUCAACGCUUACGCCUCGGGUCUCCACAUCGGGGCUUCGUGGAACCGUGACCUCGCCUAUGAGCACGCACAUUAUAUGGGUGCAGAGUUCAAGCGCAAGGGAGCGAAUGUUGCUCUUGGGCCUGUUGUAGGCCCGUUGGGCCGCAUGGCGCGAGGUGGUCGCAAUUGGGAAGGAUACAGUAAUGACCCCUACCUCUCUGGCUCCCUCGUUCAGAACACCAUCCGUGGUCUUCAGGAGUCCGUCAUUGCCUGCGUCAAGCAUUUCAUCGGAAAUGAGCAGGAGACGAACCGCAACACGCCCCAACUACUGGAAGACAGCUAUAACCAGUCUAUCUCCUCCAAUAUCGAUGACAAAACUAUCCACGAGCUUUACUUGUGGCCCUUCCAGAAUGCAGUCAAAGCUGGUGCAGGUGCCGUCAUGUGCAGCUACAAUCGCAUCAACAACAGCUAUGGAUGUCAAAACAGCAAGAACUUGAAUGGUCUGCUGAAGGGUGAAUUGGGAUUCCAAGGGUUUGUCGUCUCUGACUGGAAUGCCCAGCAGUCGGGUAUUGCCAGUGCAGCGGCAGGUCUCGAUAUGGUCAUGCCUGACUCCGUCUAUUGGGAGAAUGGUAAUCUAUCGUUGGCUGUCCGUAAUGGAUCGCUCUCAUCUACGCGUCUCGAUGACAUGGCAACUCGCAUCGUCGCUGCAUGGUACAAGUAUGCAGAGCUAGAAGACCCCGGCUUUGGCAUGCCCAUCAGCCUCCUGGAACCCCAUGAGCCAGUUGAUGCUCGCGACCCUGCCUCCAAGGCCACCAUUCUCCAGGAGGCUAUCGAAGGCCACGUCCUUGUCAAAAACACUGACAACGCCUUGCCUCUGAAGGAGCCGAAGAUCCUAUCACUUUUCGGUUAUGAUGCCAUCGCCGCGCAACGCAAUACCAUGGAUGACCUUUCCUGGAGUCUCUGGACCAUGGGCCUCGACAACACUCUAAGUUAUCCCAAUGGCACCGCCGUGGACCCCUCACACCUCAAAUACAUGUUCCUCUCCAGCACCAACCCCUCUGAAAAUGGCCCUGGUGUGUCCUUGAACGGUACCAUGAUCUCUGGGGGCGGUUCCGGCUCCAGCACUCCAUCCUACAUCGACGCUCCCUUCGAUGCCUUCCAACGUCAAGCUUAUGAAGACAACACUUUCCUCGCCUGGGACUUUGCCUCUCAGUCUCCAGUUGUGAACCCGGCUAGUGAAGCGUGUCUUGUCUUCAUUAACGAAGCCGCAGCUGAAGGUUGGGACCGUCCGUACGUGGCCGACCCCUACUCCGACACUCUGGUCGAGAACGUCGCCUCCCAAUGCAACAAUACGAUGGUGAUCAUCCACAACGCCGGUAUCCGUCUCGUCGACCGUUGGGUCGACAACCCUAACAUCACUGCCGUCAUCUACGGCCAUCUCCCCGGCCAAGACAGCGGUCGCGCCCUCGUCGAGAUCAUGUACGGCAAACAAUCCCCCUCUGGCCGUCUUCCCUACACCGUCGCCAAGAACGCCUCUGACUACGGUGCUCUCCUGGGCCCGGUCGUUCCUUCCGGAACUAAGGACCUGUAUUACCCGCAGGACAACUUCACCGAGGGUGUCUAUAUCGACUACAAGGCCUUCGAGCAGAAGAACAUCACCCCUCGCUAUGAAUUCGGCUACGGUCUCACCUACUCCACCUUCGAUUACUCGGGUCUCAAGAUCUCCAUUCACACCGAUAUGAACACUGACUACCUACCUCCCAACUCUACCAUCGAGGAAGGCGGUAUUCCCGCCCUCUGGGAUGUAGUGGCUACGGUUACCUGCUCGGUCGCCAACACUGGAUCUGUUGCUGCGGCUGAAGUCGCUCAGCUCUAUCUGGGUAUCCCCGGUGGCCCAGCAAAGGUCCUCCGUGGUUUCGAGAAGAAACUUAUCCAGCCGGGCCAUCACACGAAGGUCCAAUUUGAUCUGACGAGACGCGAUCUCAGUUCAUGGGAUGUAGUGAACCAAGCUUGGGUUUUGCAGAAGGGUGAUUAUUCGGUUUAUGUGGGAAAGAGUGUGCUUGAUACCCAGUUGACGGGAACGUUGACGAUCUAA